AGUCCGAUUUCAUUUCAUCCAAAUAAAAGGAAAAAAAACAACCGAAUCCUGCAAAUAUGAAGAACUCCGUUGCCAUUCUCCUCUGCGCCUUGAUUGGCCUGGCUUCCGCUGCUGAGUACAAGUUGCGCACCGCUGAGGAUCUGCAGAAGGUGCGCAAGGAGUGCGCCGUCGCCAACAAGGUGACCGAGGUACUGAUUACAAAAUACAAGGCCUUUGAGUAUCCCGAUGACGAGAUCACCCGCAACUACAUCAAGUGCAUUUUCAACAAGUUCGAUCUGUUCGAGGACACCAAGGGCUUCAAUGUUGACAAUCUGGUCGCACAGCUGGGCCAGGGACGCGAGGACAAGACCACACUGAAGGCCGACGUUGAGAAGUGUGCCGAUAAGAAUGAGCAGAAGUCAAAUGUCAGCGCCUGGGCCUAUCGAGGCUUCAAGUGCUUCCUCAGCAAGAAUCUGCCCCUCGUCCAGGCUGCCAUCCUGAAGAAGAACUAAGCGCCCCAAAGCGCCAUCUAAAAAUUAGAUUAGUAGAGCAAUCGUGCUAAUCAUCAAGCAUCGCACAUUUUUCGGAUUCAGCAUUAAAUGUUUGGAUCAUAAAUUUCUUUGGAUUCUGCACUUUGCUUAAAAUUCAAAUAAAAAUCGUAUAAUAGCGAGCUUAAAAGCCAA